AUGGAUCAUGCAGGAAAACUUUCAGCCACUAUUUAUACUGUUGGAGAUAGCUCUGGCUGGGAUAUUAGCACAAAUUUUGAUACAUGGAUUGCAGAUAAGAAGUUCAAAGUAGGGGAUGCUCUUGUUUUCCAAUACUCAUCAGGACAAAGUGUAGAAGAGGUUACAAAAGAAAGCUUUGACAGAUGCAACACAACCAAUGUUUUGGCAACAUAUAGGAAUGGGAACACAACAGUGCCAUUGACAAAAGGUGGAGACAGAUAUUUUGUGAGCGGAAACAAGUUGUAUUGUCUUGGAGGGAUGAAACUUGACGUUCAUGUAGAAGGUGAUGACAAAUCACUUGCUCCCACUCUAGCACCUAAGGCUGUGGCUGGAUCAGAUGCAAACACUGUCGCACUUCCACGUUCUCCUUCCUCAAAGAACAACAUACAUUUUUCAGCAGGAAUUACCAAUUAUUGUGCAAGAGAUGCACUUAAGUUUCUCUAUAUUGUUGUUAUGGUUGCUACGUGUUUGAGCAUGUUGUGA